AUGUCGCAGACUACUGAGAAAGAGAAGAUGCUUCGCGGGGAGCUCUACCGAGCGUUCACGCCGGAAUUGAUCGCUGCUCGUUCGCGCUGCAAGUGGGCCUGUAAUCGGUUCAAUAAGUCGGACGAGGUGCCUCGUCGGCGUCUCGUUGAAAUGUGGAGAGACAUCACUGACGACAAGACACCUCUGCCACCAAAGCUGGAUGACCCCGCAGCCGAUGAAGUUCUCUUUGCGAAGGAACCCUGGGUCGAAUCUCCUGUCCAUAUAGACUAUGGGUUCAACGUCAAGCUUGGAGAAGGGGUCUUUGUCAACUUCAACUGUGUCUUCAUCGACACGUGUCCCAUCACGGUCGGGGCUCGUACUUUGUUCGGUCCCAAUGUCAGUUUGUUCUCUGGGACCCAUCCCCUUGAUCCUGCUCUGCGCAACGGCACUGAAGGCCCUGAAACUGGCAACCCAAUUGUUAUUGGGGAGGACUGCUGGCUUGGAGGGAAUGUGACUGUACUUCCUGGCGUCACUAUUGGCAAAGGUGCGACUAUUGGAGCUGGCAGUGUGGUUACCAAGGAUGUGCCUGCUUUUCAUGUGGCUGCUGGGAAUCCAGCUAAGAUCAUUCGUCGGAUUGAAACGACAAUGAGAGAGUGA